AUGGCCGACAUGUUCCUUCCGUUGCUGUGUGUCGUCUUUGUUUUGUCGUCCUUCGCAUCAGCUACCUUCAAAGUCGCUCAGAGGAGGCUUCAAACUACAACGAAUGACUGGCAGUUGAUCGACACGUGGACGUUCGAAUCAGGCUACGUCCGCUUCAACUACAACGUCACCUUUCCUCGGAAUUACUCCCCCAUGAAACUGCUGUUCUACAGACAAGACCAGUACUUCCAGGCUAACGAUGGUUCCAAGUCUUGUGAGGAGAAGUUAUCGGUUCUACAAUUCGCCGGCAGCGGUCAACAAGUCCUCAACCUAGACUUUGGAAUGACCCAAGCUGGUUGUAUGCAGCGUUACGACUCCACCAUGGGGGACAGCGUCAACUGUAACGGCCGUGUCACCUUCAACGUCGAUCGUGGUAUGAUGUGGUACGUGGUGGCCAACCGAUGUGGCGCGAUGAACGGGAUUACGGGCAUGGACAUGUGGUACUACAUCGACAACAUGGGCGAGAUGAACAACGACCCUCGUUUCCCUAUGUUCUCCGGCCAGUCAAAAGCAACGUUCACUGCCUUGACCUUAGUCCCCUUCCUUGUCCUAAAACAAUGCCUCGCAUAGACCUGACAGCUCCUGUGAAUACAAGAAGGUUACACAAACGUUUCACAUAUUGACUGUCGUUCGAAAGCUAAAAUCUGAACUGCGGUUUCACAGUCUUUCAAGCACUUACAUCGAUAUGAUAACAGUUGUAAGCUAAACUUUUUGAACCAGCCUCGGUCGGCCAUUGUGUAACUUACAUCUGUAUGUGUUAUUAUUGUGUAUUUUUGCAUUUGCAAACAUCUGCUUAAAUGAUAAAUAGGACCAGUGGAGGGCUCCCAUAAGGAGGCAAGGCAUUGAUAUGAUUUUUUAUGUACCAAACGGUAACAAAUUAUUAUUUUGUAAAUGGCAUAAACAUGGGAUAAUUGCAGUUCCUAUUAAUUGUUUUAUUUAUUUCGUUGUAUUUUAUCAUUAUAUUUUUAUUUCAAUUUUUUCUCUAAUUUUAAGGGGAUGGGGGUGUAUUUGUACGUUUUCUACACAUCAGUUGUUCUUAUGUCGUGGUGUGGUCUACGAUUUUAAGUUUUGCUACCAGAUUAUACAUACUCUUUAGCCCAGGGAUAUUUAGAAGGAGGACGUCAGUUAAUGCGUUUAAUAUGUUUGAGUAACGAAGGACCUAUCCCCUGACGAGUUUUCUCAACUUCUGCAAGCUGUACCAAUAUUUCUAAGUUGUGGAUAACCGAGUAGUUUUCCUAUAGCAUAAUCGCUUGCCUUCAGUCGUGUGAUUAGUAUUUGCAGUGUGACGUCACCAUCACCAUGGCGACUGACUGCGGAACGGCAUGGCAGCAUUAUACAUUCAUUUUGAAUGUUCUUGCAUUUUAAUCAUGAAGAACGUUCAUUAUUGAUAGCUGAGCAAUAAAAAUA